UAUCGUUAAAUGAUACUCACGGAAAUUAGUCAAGAAAAAGGAUAAAAAAAAAAACAACAAAAAUUUAACAGACAAAUGAAGUGUAUAUCACCGUGAAAUAUAAUUUUUGAGCUCUUGGUGGGAAUUUAAUGUCGAUUCUGUCUUCAGUUUCAUGUUUUCGACAACUUCAACUACAUGUAUAUAUAUAGUUGUUUUAAUAAUUGGAACAAAAUAUGUCUCUUCCACCUGCUACAGGGCAAAUGGAGGACCAUGCUGUGAUGGAUACAUUUGGGAUGAAAAUCUAAAAGAUUGUAAAAGGUGUCCCGUUGGGUACAUUGGGAAUAACUGCGCGGGCGUCUGCAGAGCUCCUGGAUAUGGAAUUGAUUGUCAAAAACAUUGUGAUUGUGACAGAAAAUACUGUGACCCUGGAAACGGUUGCAUUGAUCGAUCUGUCUUUGGUGAUUGUAAAGUUGGUUUCUUUGGAAGAGACUGCAUUUUUCCCUGUCCCUAUCCAACAUUCGGGAAAAAGUGCAUGGAUCUUUGUGACUGUGAAAAAAAUACAUGCCAUUAUGUUUUGGGAUGCUUAUAUCAAGGAUUCAAUAACUCGAUUACUUUAGACAGAACAAACAAUUCUUUUCCAUUUGGUACUAACCAGUCUGAAAUUAAUAGCCCCGGACUAGUCGCAGCAGUUAUUUGUCUGAGUAUUGGAAUGUUUUUAAUAUUUUUAAUAGCGGUAACAUAUUUUGGACGAAAAUUGUCAAAUCGUACGAAGAAAAGAAGUCCAGUACCCAUAGUCCAAUAUCAUCAAAAUAGAGAGAAUGAACUAAGACUGAAUAACUCGACAUCUUUGCAGCCAAGUAGAGAAAACGAAUAUGCUGUAAUAAACGAUACAAAAAACAAGGGUUGCCAGUACAUGUUUAUAAUAGAGAAAGACAACAUCGAUCCAUAUAUUCGACCAGAUCCACGACAAAGAAGAUCAGAAGAGCGUUUAGAAUCUAGAAACAGUUAUGUGUCAUUAAUAUGUGAUGAACCCAAGUUUGAGUGAAAGUUUCUGAUUCAGGAAAUGCAUGCACAUAGGAACAUUAUUAUAAAUAUUUUGUGCGGUAUAUUGUUUUGGUAACAUUUAUGAAAAAUAUCUGCUUCCUUUUCAUUAUACAUCGUCGAAAUUCAGUCUAAUAGGAUGUGUCAAUUUCACUGCGACAAAAAGAAUUGACGAUCAAUUUUCAUGAAAAAUGUUCUAUUCCAAUGAUGAAUAGGCGAUUUGUUUUUUGUUUUCUUUUGUAAAAUGAACUAUAAAUUUCUAGAAAAUAAAGUGAAUCUUUCUAUAUAAAUUAGCAUAUAU